CCUAGGCCACACCCACACCGCUGGCUGGGUUUGCGCAGGCGCCCACGGAAGUGGGGCCGCAGGAAGCGGAAGUCCCGCCCCUCUGGCGCUUUCUCUUCGGAGGCCGACGCAACGCGGAGGGGAGCGUUUGGAGAGUGCCACCACCGCCACCAUGAGCCUACUCAACAAGCCCAAGAGUGAGAUGACCCCGGAGGAGCUGCAGAAGCGGGAGGAGGAGGAGUUUAACACGGGCCCGCUCUCCGUGCUCACGCAGUCCGUCAAGAACAACACCCAGGUGCUCAUCAACUGUCGCAACAACAAGAAGCUCCUGGGCCGCGUGAAGGCUUUUGACAGGCACUGCAACAUGGUGCUGGAGAAUGUGAAGGAGAUGUGGACCGAGGUCCCCAAGAGCGGCAAGGGCAAGAAGAAGUCCAAGCCCGUCAACAAGGACCGCUACAUCUCCAAGAUGUUCCUGCGCGGCGACUCGGUCAUCGUGGUCCUGCGGAACCCCCUCAUCGCCGGCAAGUAGGGGCGCGCUCCCUGCCGCCACCUCACUCCCUGCCCUGCUCAGACCUGCCCUGCUCAGACUGCCCCGACCUGAGAACAAUAAAGUCCUGUUUUGUUUU